GAUAUUACAAGUUGAGAAGCCGAGGGGGUAAAGAGCAUCUCCAAUUUUCCAACCAUGACACAAGUAGCGAAUGCAACGAUCAAGCUUUUUGACAUGAAAAAGAGCAUGGUUAGCCAUGCCAUGCAGUGCGCCCAGGAAAGCCUGAACAAAGGGAAUAACGAGCAGGAGGUUGCGGCCUUAAUCAAAGCGGAGUUUGACAACAAAUAUGGUCCCACGUGGAAUUGUUUUGUGGGACGCAAUUUUGCGAGUUAUGUUACCCAUGAGGAAAACCAUUACAUCUACUUUUACAUAGGCCAGGUUGGUAUCCUGUUAUUCAAGUCCUCGUAGAAAGAAUCCUACACUGAGUCCUAUUUUUAUUACCAUCUCAUUCUUCAGGUUAUUAUGUAUUUAGAACGUGUAUUAUCUCACCGUUAAAAAAA